GUUGUGCUGGAGGUGCCUUUGUGUACAUCUGCUGCUGCAGCUCCUGCUCCAACGGACUUUUCAGUCUGAUCCCCAGCACGUCCCAGCUGCCGGCGGCCCGGUCACCACCAGGAACAAACAAUGCGGCACUUGACAAAAGAACCUGCUGGUCCCUCUAGCAGAUAUGCUAGCUGCGAUUGGUUCCACCAUGCUCCUUUGAAACAAACUGAGAAGACUGACAAGGAUGAUCUUCCUCCUACAUCACAAAUUCCAGGUUUGAGUGAUCUUGCAGAACCUCAUAAUGAGUUAAUGAAUGAAAGCCGGAGACAUUGGAUUAAGGAUACAGAUUCUGAUUAUGUCAAGCUGGCCAAACAAGGAGGCAGACCAGAUUUAUUGAAACAAAUGACACCUGCAGCUAACAAAGCUUCCCCAGUUGCCUAUGCAACCCCUGACUGGUACGCUCAUGAGGAUGUAUCUACAACUGAACCAAACGUCGCACCACUGAGAAAUGUCCCAGACUACAUGAUUCAUGAAGAAUAUGAUACGGAACAAAUCGACCCGAAGUAUGAGGGGAAAAGGGGCCCAUUUGACUUUGACCAAAAGACCAUGUGGCAACGUGACUCAGAUGAUAACGAAAAUGGCAACCAUGACAAAAAGGUGAAGCUACCAGCAAUAAAUCCAAACCCAUCUGGGAAAGGAGCACCUCCCUCAGAAGCCAAAAAGGACAAACUUGGGAAAAAAUGUUUUUUCCCCCCAAUGCCAGGGAAUAAAAAUGAGUCUGUUAAUUUUGGCAAGUUGCUCAGCAAUGGAUAUGGAGAUGAUUGGUUUCGUCAACAAAGUGACCAAGACAAGAAGCCUCAACAGAAGGCCAUGAUGAAAGGUUCAGAUUAAUAAAGUUUAAUUUAUGGACCAAAGUAGCAGCUUCCAAACUGGAUUGUUACUGAAACCGCAAACUGCACACUUUGAAACUUUAAUAAUAAAAUAAAUACUCUGUACAACUGCCUUUUUUUGUUCUGUGAAGGCAAAGCGAUGUUCUAGCGCUUAAUUGUUUGAAAAUAAUUAUUGUUCGGAUGGCCUUGUAUUUAAAUAAAAUAAAAUUUUGCUCUUCGUACUAAA